AUACGGGCUGUUUUGAUCUCUUUUAAUUAACAUAAUGACGAGUUAAUAGAAUCUAUAUGCAUUAUCAAAAAAAAUAUUAGUUGUUAAAAUAUUAAUUAAAAGCUGUUAAAAAGCUGUAAACUUAACAAACACUUUCAUAGAGCCAGUAACAAAAUCGGUAAACACACGGAGAAAAAAUCCUGAAGAUUAUUUGGCAGAAAUUGGCACAUUGUGAUGUUAAGCUCAUAUUUUUUUCCAAGAGGAGUUACUGAAAUUAUGGCAUUGAUCAUACUCAUUACUUUGUUGGUAUUGGGACAGCUAAAACUUCAUGAUGCGAGGAUGUUUCCAACAAAGGAUUUUUUCGGUGUAGAAACAUUUAAAGUUAUUUCCCAUUUGUGUUCUAUCAGUCAACAACCACUUGGAGGACAAAAAUGUUGUGAUUGUUCAGACGACUGUAUGAAAUAUAAGACCUGCUGUAUUGACAAGUUUUGGGAUUAUAACACAAACGAUCGCUUACAACCGUAUCUGAAGUUUUUUUUCAGUAAAUUGAACAAGUAUAAAAGUAUGUCUUGCGAACCUGCUUUAUCAGUAAGUCAAACGCAUGCCGUACAAACGUAUUAUAUGGUAAAAUCAUGUUUGCCGAAUGUCACAGGAGAGGAUGUAGAACGUUGUUUACAACCAAGUUCACAUAUUAAAAAUGAUAUUCCAGUACUUGGGAAUGACACCUACUUGUAUAGAAAUUUACACUGUGCCAGAUGUAAUUUAGUUUUUGAUUAUCGAUUUAUUGACGUACAAGCAAAAUGUGAGAAUGCGUUAAAGUUUACACUCCAGAAAACAAUCACUAAGGAGGAAUUAAAAUAUUUAGAUAAAUGCGAGUUUUCUCUGGACACUGCUACACCUUUUAAGCAGCAGAACAUUCGAGAUUGUCAAAUAAAAGAGAAUGUCUGUCCACAAACUGGCAGUUUUUAUAAAUUAUGCAAUGCGUAUGGUGAGACUAUGGGAAAAUACAAAAAUUACCAUUGUGCAAUGUGUGAACCCAAUCAUAUUCCAACAGAAUUUUUCAUUUUUAAUAUAACUUUCUUCCAACCGGAAUUUUUUCGAAAUGAAACCCAUAAUGUUACCAUUCAUAAAACUAUCACCAAGCAAGAAUUGCAUCCCGUUCCUGUUCCCACACCUGUCAUUGAUUUUAAAUGUUCAUUUGAAAAAUGCCAAAAUCAACAUUGUUAUCUGCCAAAUGGUAAAGAUUCUACAAAAUUUGAGAAUGUAUUUUCAAUUGUUAUGUCUUCAGAUAAUGUAGUUGGAAUAAGAAAUUUUAAACAGAAAUUUCCCAUUAGGCAAUUUAUGAAUAUUUCCAAAGAUUAUGACUUUAGAUUUGACGAAGGAUUAGAACAAUAUCUAUGCAAUGCCCCUAGAGAAAAAUGUUGCGACUGUAGUGAUAACUGUAUGGAAGAAAAAAAAUGUUGUAUCGAUAAAUUUUGGAAUGAAACACAUCCUGUAAGUUUAAGUUCGUACAUCAGUCAAUUUAUUCAAAAAUCGCAGAAAUAUAAAGAUUUAUCAUGUGAGCCAGUGUUGCCCAUAGCAAGUUCAUCAGGUUAUCAGACUGAACAUCAGCUAAUGGUGAAAUCCUGCUUGCCAAAGGCAAAUGUUGAUAACGUAAAAAAAUGCUUACACGACAGUAAAAACGCAUCAUUUGGUUCUGAUUUACCAGUACAGGGAUUUGAUGGAUACAUAUAUCGGAAUUCCUUUUGUGCUGAAUGCAAUUCAAUUAAAAAGUACAAAACAAUUAGUGUUGAAGCGUCGUGCAAUCUAAGGGAUUUUCGAAAAUUGAUGUACAUGAAUCAGAAUAAUUCCAUUGAACUUGACAUGGAAAGCACCUUUAAAGAAUGUUUAUUUUCCCUGCCACGUUCAAGCAAGCAAUCAAAAAAAUGUAAACCAAUGAAAACCUUGAGGACAGAUUGUCCAAGAACAAGUAGACAUUUUAAACUUUGCCAUUCUUAUAAAGGUAUAAUUGAAGGAUUUCAAAAUUAUCAUUGCUGGCUUUGUAACCAAAACAAUCCCAACAUUACAAUUCCACCUGUUGAUUACUGCGAUACCAAACGUUGUCCAUUUGGAACUAUUUGUGUAGUGACUGAACCUGAUUUUAUUGGUCGAUCAUGGUCAUUACUGAUAAGUUUUAACAAUAAUAAAUUUCAAAUUGGCCAUCAAAGUCCAAGAUCAAUUUGUAAAAACGGAAGCAAAUAUGAUACACGAACAUUAAAGUGCGAGAAAGUUAUUUGUCCAAAUGGCUUUGCCUUUAAUGGAAAAUCCUGUUCACCUAAAAUUAAAGUGCUGAAUAUUUCUUCCAAUCAUUACAUAAAUAUCGUCAAACCAACAUUUGACAAGUGUUUUUUUUCCAACAAUGUAACAAUGUAUAUCGUCGCAAAGAAGGUGAUAAACGACAGUGUGAAAGAUUUCUUAAAACCUCUUAUGCCUUAUUUACCUAAAAAAAAUAUUUCUUACUUCGUUAUAAACAACACAAAUACUGAACACUCUGUACUAGUAUUGUUAAAUGUGAAUCAAAGCAUAUAUACGCUUGUUGAAUCAACAAAUGUGAUUUACAAUUCCAGUUUAUGGCGGAAUAUUGAAAAGAUUGUCAUAACAAAAGGGGACGGAUUGCAAUACACAGAGCAUUAUAAACUAGACAUGUCUCGUUAUUUUCCACAAAAUCGUAUAUGUGCUGAAGCGAAUGCAUACAAUGGAGACGAGGAGUCUUUUAAGAGAUCUUGCAAGAUAAAGAAAAGAAAUGUGACAUUUACAAUGCAAAAUAUCUCGAUGUGGAUUGACAUAAACAGAACAUCAUCAAAGAAAUGGUACAGCACAUGCAAAAAAUUUCAUUUACUUUCAAACUGCCCUCAACGAAAAAUAAGUGAUCAUGUCUCUUUCAGUAAAGAUGGAGAUCUUCUAAAUAAAAGGAUCGGUGAUAUAGAAUCUUACAAAGCGAACGAAUAUAUACCACUAUUCGAUGGUUAUAGUGUUUGUAUUAAAAUUGCAUCUAAUGGCUACAUUAUAAACCACAAGAAAAUGGAGACUGUUUAUCAUAUUGAAUACUAUAUUUCACUAAUAGGGACAUGUGUUAGCAUCAUUGCUUAUAUCUUAAUGAUGCUAAGUUUUCUUAUUUUUAAACAACUUCGAACAGUUCCUGGGCUAAAUACAUUAGGAAUGUGUAUAUCACUUUUUAUCGCGGAUACCACGUUUUUAUUAGCAAUACAUUCUUAUUUUAGUGGUAAUUGGUGCAAAAUAAUUGCUGUUGUAUUGCACUGGUGUUUAUUGAAUGCUUUUAUGUGGAGCUUGAUCAUUGCUUUUGAUUUGAUUUCAAAAUUCAGUUCUUUCACUGUUGCCAGUCGAGGAAACAGUAGAAAGAAAUUCAUUCGUCGUUGUUUAUGUUCACUCAUUGUGCCAACAUUCAUAGUUUCACUUUCUAUGACACUUGAAGAAACAUCAACACUUGAUAUUGGAUACGGUGUAGACGGAAUUUGUUGGAUCACAAGUUUCUACUCACGUAUUGGAUUUUAUGUAAUUCCAGUCGCCAUCAUAUUUCUUAUUACCCUGUCGACGCUGCUCUAUACAAUACGUAAAAUUCAUAGCGAGUUUAAAGUAAAUGAAGAAAUUUUGAAAACUGGAAAAAAGACGAAGAGGGAGACCUUAAAGAUCGCAUUAAAGCUUGGUAUUAUACUUGGUAUUACCGAAGGAUUAGGAUUCAUUCAAAUAGCUAAACCUAAUCUCAGUUUCAACGAGGAACUUUUUAAUGCUUGUUUUGCUCUUUUGUAUUCAACAUUUAGAAGUUUGAGAGGGCUAUUUCUUUGUGUAGUGUACAGUGUUGGUGCAAACAUCGCAGUUCUAUAUCGAAAAAAGAUUAACAGUUUCACUAUGACAGGUGCAAGCGAAAGUGCAAUUUUAAUAGAUCGUCAUAAAGGGAUCAACACAUCCAGUAGAUCGGAUGCAUCUCAUACGUCCACUUCGCAUGUUUAGAGGUAGUUUCUAGCUUUUUACUUUAGAGUAAUGAUGUGAUUAUAUGAAUUCAUGAAAACUAAUCCACCUGCGGUUUAUGUUAAUUAACAAAUGUGCUCUAAAAAGAUUAUUGUGUAAUGUUGCAGCUCUACUUUUUUAAAACGUCUUUGCUUUUCCUUGUUUUCACAAUGAACCAUCUGCUACUUGAGAAUCUAAAGGAUAAAACUUACAAAUUAACAAAUCAACUGCGAGAAGACUAAUUGUUAGAGAAAACGAAUGUUCUAGUUUUGAAAUGAUUUUUGUACAAAGUUUUUAAGGUUAUCUGGUUAAGAAGUUAUUUAGUUUUUCAAUAAUAUGAGUUGAUUGUAGUGGAUUGUGUAUUAAUAUUACUGUUAUGACUAUGAAAUUAAUUUAUCAGAAGGAAAACCAUCUUGGCAUUCAUCAUAUGUUUACACCUAUUUUUCUGCUAGAGCAUUUGAUGGAAAUUUAUAUCAAUAUUUUUCUGACGUCAGCAUUCAGAUAGUAAGUUAAGUAACGAAUGGAUUAAAGUUGAUUUGAUAAGACCAAGUGUUAUAACACGUGUCAAAAUAUACAACGAAUUGACUCACAGCGAUCGAUUAAGAAACGCCAAGAUAGAAGUUGCAUCCUCACUUGAUAUGAUGCAAAACUACCAACUCUGUGCAGCCUUUGAAAAAAUCACAACGCCGGAUCAAAUUGAAACUUUCGAAUGCAACAAACCUUCUUUAGGACGAUACGUUCGAUUGAGAUUAAGUCACCAGGGUUAUUUAACUGUGUGUGAGAUGCAGGUAAUGGGUUAUCAUUUGUAAAUAUUAUUUUAACGUAUAUCAAUAGUUGUAUAGCAUUUUGUGUUUUCUUAAAGAUGAAAUCUUCAUCUUCAUAUCAAUUUCCCUCUCUUUUUGGGUGCCGGAAAGGGUCAAAACCGAAACGAACUGAAAAAGAAAUAUAUUUUUACAACGGAUUAAGAACAAUAAAAACGUAAAAUAUAUAUUUUUACAAUCGCCCUGUAUUGAUAGGGUCAAUCUUUAUUGCUGACCCAUGCUGGAUGAACACACUCUUAUCACUAUAAGAGAACCUUUACUUCUGACUUAAAGAUUAACAGAGCUUUACUUAUGGUAAACACGAAAAGAUACAACUAAACAAUUCGUGUGUAGCUGAUGUCAGUAUUUUUAGUUAUUACAGUGUAUUCUUUUUUAUUUCAAUGAAUUGAGAUUUAAAUUUCACGUGGAAAGACCGGAGGAAAAAUCUAUCGAAUCAAUGCCUUAAAAAGUUUGUCUUUCUUUUCUUCUUAUAUCAUGAAUUACAAUAUUCUUUCAACUAAAACAAUGUUUUUAACUAGCUGCGAGACUCGGCGUCGAAACGUCGAGUUAAGGCACAAGUAAGCGUGUUACCCGAUAUUGAAUACUUAUUGGAGCGGUUAAUAAAAGCAGUAAACUGUGCCACGCGGUCAGGUGUAGCGCUUUAGUACAGGUAUGCAGUACGUCGUAAAUCGAGUGAAGCACCCACAACAUUAAUUCAUUUUUUAUUUUGUGGAAGAAGUUUUCCGUAAAAGUUUAAAAAUAAUCGUGACGCCGAUCUAAGAGCUUAGUACAGGUAAAACGUGUCGCACAUGUGUAAAGUCGUAAUACCCUUUUUGAAAAAAACUUACCGCAACUUUUAACAAAAAUAUAGGAAACAGCCAGUCGUUACUAGUAAAUUGGUAAAAGAUGUACCUACCAACCUGCAUUUAGCAUAAGAAAGAUUUAAAAAUUUUGUUCCAACCAACUGUAUUAUUUGUCUACUUUCCCUUUUUAGCCAAAGGUAGCUAACAGCUAGCUAGAUCACCCCAGUUACUGCCUUAAAAUCUAAAAUUAGGUUCGUAGCCAAAAUCUUAAAAUAAGCAAGAUUUGCAUGUAGCUAAAAAGCGUAACAAUAUAAUGACCUUAACAUAUGUAAAAAAAUAAGAAAAAAAUAAAUAAGCAGCUUUCAGAAGACAAAAGCAGACCAACAUCAACGCCACAUAGCUUUCAAAAUGACCGUCAUAACACUGCUAAGAUUGUUUUUUUUCUCGUAAGCAUGUGGCCGCGAAAAACUUGCUGAUUGGCUAUUUAUCAAAAAUUGGGCCCCGUGAUUGGUCUACAACGCGCUAGCAAUAUAAAAAAAGUUGGUAAAAAUUGCUACCCUUGCAAUAUCGCAUUUCGUGUUUCCGUUGCACGACGCUUUUCUUGCGGUCAGAUAGACAAAAUACGGCUAUUAUUAAAAUAAAUAGUUGUUACCCCGUGAAAAAAUCCACGUGGUCGCCUGUCCUUUAAAAUUACCCGUCGCAACAAAGUGGACAAAAAUAUAUCGCAUUUGGUACUGGUGCACAUUUUAAAAUUUUCGUGUUUCCGUUACGGGACGCGGCUUUCGCGGACACACAGACAAAAUACGGCUAUUAUUAAAGAGAUGUUACUAACAAAAGUAAUUUAAAAACGUAAAUUUAUCUUAAGUGGAACAAAUAACGCUAUUCUAUCACACAAAAGAAAAUUCAGAGUGAAAGUGAGAACAUUAAAAUCACAGUAGCGUGAAAACGUUUGCUUAAGAAGAUUAAUUAAGUGGAGAAGAAAAAAAAAAGAAGAAAAACGCUUGAGAAGGAAAGAUUUUUUAAAUAUAAAAACUUGCUGUACGUUGUUAUAUCAUUACAAUAAAUGUUACUAAUCUUGAAAAAGAAAUCUAAAGUUUACAAAUGAAUAAUAUACACUUUUUGUUGAUGCUUUUGAUAAAAAGAUCUUGCAGUGGUUACUACGAACAAAAAUCAGUCUUGUCAACUUUUGUGGCCGUAAGACACAAUACGUUAAUAGCGGAAUGUGUUUUUUAUUGCAAGACAUUAGACUCUUUUGCUUCGGUGAAAGAAGAAAGAAAAACUAUUGAUGAUUGUUAUUGUGUGAAAGAAAAAGAAGAAAGCAUUGACGAUUUAAACAGCUUUAAAGACGAAGUUGUCUUAAAACCCAUACGUCAAAUAAAUCUAUCGGAAGGAAAGCCAUCUUGGCAUUCAUCUUAUGUUUACAACUAUGCCUCAUCGAGAGCAUUUGAUGGAAACUUAUAUCAAUACUUUUCCAGAGAAACAAAAGGCUGUCAGCAUUCAGACAAUAUGUUAAGUAACGAAUGGAUUAAAGUUGAUUUGAUAAGACCAAGUGUUAUAACACGUGUCAAAAUAUACAACGAAUUGACUCACAGCGAUCGAUUAAGAAACGCCAAGAUAGAAGUUGCAUCUUCACUUGAUAUGAUCCAAAACUACCAACUAUGUGCAGCAUUUGAAAAAAUCACAACGCCGGAUCAAAUUGAAACUUUCGAAUGCAACAAACCUUCUUUAGGACGAUACGUUCGAUUGAGAUUAAGUCACCAGGGUUAUUUAACUGUGUGUGAGAUGCAGGUAAUGGGUUAUCAUUUGUAAAUAGAAAACGCUAUGAUAGAAGUUGAAUCUUCACUUGAUAUGAAGCAAAACUAUCAGGUUUGUGCAAAAUUUAAAAAAUUACUACUUUAGAUCAAAACAAUAUUAGGACGAUAUGUUCGAUUGAGGUUAUGUCAGCGAUUUUAUUUACACGUUUGCGAGAUGCAAGUAAUUGGUUAUUAUUUCUAAACUUUAUUAUUUUAUUCAAAGUUACAUAUAUCAUAUUUUAUUUAUUACGUAAACGUAUAUGUACUAAAUUUCGCACAUUACAAAUUAAUAUACGCUGUUGUACCAUAAUAACACGAAGUUCUGCU